AUGGAGAGAAGAGGACGAGGAAGCUUGCAGCUCUUUCCCGUCUUCCAAGCUGAUGAUGUUGGCACAGCUGCCCGCUACCGGCCUCCAUACACACCCACAGCUUGUUUUGGAAACGACGAGGGACAGUUCCCGUCGAGCAACCUGUUCGCGUCGGCCGGAGAUGGGAUAUGGGAUAAUGGCGCUGCUUGCGGGAGACAAUACAUGGUGAGGUGCAUUAGCGCGGCUGUUCCAAGAACCUGCGUUCCAGACGAGACCAUUCAGAUAAGGAUUGUGGAUCGUGCGCUCACUUCGGUUUCUAGGCCAAUAUCCAUGGAUCCCACUACCAUGGUUCUUUCCACCACCGCAUUUGCUACAAUCGCCAACUCUUCGGCUACCACCAUCAACAUCGAAUUCCAACAGUAA